GAAGUAAUCAUAGAAGUUUGUCUUAGUUGUAAUUGCAGAUAGCUCGUUGUAAUAAAAUCAAAGUUCAUGUGAAAUCAUAUUUUCAGCAUAGGCCCAUGGAAGGAAAAGGGCCGCAUAAUUUCAUGGAAGAACAUGGCUGCCGACGAAAGGGAUUGGGCAAGGGGCGGCGCAUGUUCGGAUCUGCCCUUCCCUAUGAGCAAGGGCUACGCAGGGUGGAUGAGCCUCAUUCGACGGGGUUGAUUUUUAACGGAAUGGGGGGUGGAAAUCAUCCUUUUAGUAUAAACAUGAGUUCCGACCUUUCAACUUGGGAUGUACAGUCGUCUCAGGCGAACGGUUGUACAGAAAACGAUAUGUACUGCGGCUCGGGCGUCCAGUCCCAUGGAGUUUGGUCACAUGGAAACUACCCCGGGCUAGGCUGUCCGACAGAUCUCUGGCCUCCACCUCCCAAUCAUCCAGCUAUCUUACAUCACAGAAUGUUACGAGGUAGUGGACUGGGCCAGAACGGAGGGAUAACUGGAAAUGGGAGUGUGCCCAACGGCAACCCAUUGGGAUCGCAGAGGAAGCCGAGGAGGAGGGUGGCGACCAUAGCACAGAGGAGGGCGGCGAACAUCAGGGAAAGGAGGCGGAUGUUCAACCUCAACGAGGCUUUUGACAAAUUGAGAAGGAAAGUGCCAACGUUCGCCUACGAAAAACGACUUUCGAGAAUAGAGACACUACGGCUGGCGAUCACUUACAUCUCAUUCAUGAGCGAAUUGCUCAACGGGACUCACAAAGAAAGUGAAGGGACUUCUUCCCCGAUUUACCAAUCGCACAGAGAUUACAUACCAUACUCGAUUCUCUCGUAAAAAUUACAAGAAAUAAAUCGAAAAUUGGUGAGACUUCGGUCAAAAUACAAUCCACGGAGGUUUAUUUAAUUUAUUCAAUUUUUGCUUUUUUUAAAAAGAUUCCAAAAUUACCAAACAAUUGAAUGAUUUAACAAACCUCAAGGAAAAUACCUCUUAUCAAUGUGCAAUAUUAUAUUUACGAAUAAUUUUUAAUUAUUAGCCAAGUAAUUAAAUAUCCCAAUUUUUUAAAAAUAUGUUGUGACUAGUGAAUCUUGCAAAUUUUAUUUAUUGUUCUUAUUGUUUGAAUGUCAAGUGUUUGGAGUACGGUAAUUCGUUUUUCGGCUUGUUUUAUUUGUAUUAUUCCUGCUAAUGUUAUAAUAAAAAAGCAAUAAGGAAGUUUUGGUUAUUUGCUAACAUACAUCAGCCUUUAAACUAUAAGUAACAUUAAAUUGGACUUUCACCUCGAAGGACUGUCACUUCCCGAUGUGCUGACCCUAUGGUCUAUACCUCAUGGGAUUUCACUACCGAGUUAUACGGAUGGUUCAUUAGUACCUACCUUAAGCCAGAUGCCAAAGAGAUUGUCCCUUCCACCCAACGGUGGCUUUCGACGGUUAGGUCAUUUCAGUACCAAACGCAUGCAAGCUAUUCCCUAGCCUAAAACUACUGGUAUAAUUCAGUCGCACAAAUAAAUACAUUCACAACUAUGUAUAUUGAUUACUAGAU